AUGGCUGCCCCAGCUGCUCCCACUAUGCAAGCAAAACUGGUCCUACUGGGCGACAUGGGCGCGGGGAAGUCGUCGCUCGUGCUGCGGUUCGUGAAGGGUCAAUUCUUCGAGUACCAGGAGUCCACCAUCGGCGCGGCGUUCUUGACGCAGACGGUGGCGGUGAGCGACGCGGUGGUCAAGUUCGAGAUCUGGGACACGGCCGGGCAGGAGCGCUACCACAGCCUCGCGCCCAUGUACUACCGCGGGGCCGCGGCCGCCAUUAUCGUCUACGAUAUCACCAGCACCGAUUCAUUCGCUCGAGCCAAGAAGUGGGUGCAGGAGCUUCAACGGCAAGGUAACCCCAACCUGGUGAUUGCCCUUGCAGCGAACAAGACGGACCUGGAGGCUCAGAGGAAGGUUUCUGAGGAGGUGAGUGGUAGAGAGAAGGGUAGAGGAUGA